UCUACAAUCACUGUUUAUUUUCUCUAUGUCAUACAGAAAUGUCCUGUCUCUGCAAAAGUGAGUUACCCUUUCUUUCUCCAAAGAACACGUGUGGACAGUAAAUGGUUAACUGGAGUGUUUGGAUUCGCUAUCUGGUAACCAAGGACGAUUCAGCGCUCACUACACCCUGACAACACAUUAAAAUCGCAGAAACUUUGCAAAACAAGUCUGCACCAUCAGACUGAUGCGGUUUCAUACAUGCAUGUUUACACUGAAAUUUAGCGCUGCAAAAUAUUUACUGUGGAACCGAGUAGAAAUGAGUUUUUUUAGACGUUGUAGGCUACUACUAACGUAACUUUUCUGAGAGUCUUGUUUUUUCCCCCAACAUUUGAUUACUUCGAUGCGUGUUUGAGUCGAUUAAAUUAAUUCCAUCAUGUCUGGAAUUCAGCAUGCAUCCAGUCAAAGCGUCAAGCCUUUCAAAUCGAGUGAGGAGUAUCUGUAUGCAAUGAAAGAGGACUUGGCAGAAUGGCUGGGGGACUUAUACAACAUUGACAUUCAGGUGAAUAAUAUUUUGGAGGUGUUAGAGACCGGGGCGCUGCUGUGUGCACACGCCAACAAUGUGACACGCGUGGCGGAUGACUUUCUGAAGAGGAUCGGACUCACUGAGGUGCAGCUGCCCGCUUCUGGCGUCACUUUUGUCAGCUCUGCCCAUCCAACAACAUUCCUGGCCCGGGAUAAUGUGACGAACUUCAUCAACUGGUGUCGAAAAGAAAUGGACAUUCCAGAUGUACUUAUGUUUGAGACAGAUGACCUUGUCCUGCGUAAGAAUGAGAAGAAUUUUGUGUUGUGCCUUCUUGAGGUGGCCAGACGGGCCUCUCGCUUCGGCAUGGCUUCCCCAGUCCUCAUUCAGCUGGAGCAGGAGAUAGAGGAGGAGAUUCGUGAGGAGAUGGAGGAGACCGUGCAGCCCAAACCUCAGAGGCGCUUCAUAAACAUCCAGAACCUGGAUGAGAUGGUCCAGUGCCUGAUAAGCCGCUGUACUUGCCCCACCCAGUUCCCCAUGGUGAAGGUAUCAGAGGGCAAAUACAGGGUCGGAGACUCCAACACUCUUAUAUUUGUGCGGGUCUUGAGGAAUCAUGUUAUGGUGCGAGUGGGCGGUGGAUGGGACACCCUGGAGCACUAUCUUGACAAGCAUGACCCCUGCCGCUGCACUUCUCUCAUCCAUAAGUUGACUCAGCGUCCAGCCACUCCAGUGCAUGAGAUCAAAGAGAGGGUAACCACACCACGACCUGAUGCCCAGUGUGCUUCUCAGACCACUCUUCUGCUGAGCCGAUCUCAGUCCCCUCUUCAGCCAGUUGUCUGGACCCCUUCUGUCCCCUACAAAACUCAGAGAGCAGGACCCUCUCCCCCACACUCAUUCUACUCCCCAGACCCUGAAUAUCAGCCCAGCCGCCGGAGAAAUAGCCUCUCUCCUAACAAAUUAAGGGAGAGACCGUGUACACCAUCUCCUAUGCACACUGGCACUGACAGUAAAGACAGCUCGAUAACAAACUCCUCAAGUAGGAAAGGUAGAGAGGCAACACGGACAUCUCCAGCACCUCACAUCACUAGCAGUCUCCCACGGGUUACCCAUCGUCCUACCACACCACAACCUGAGAGACAAAGUCCUCAAACUCCCCUAGUCCUUCAGAGGAACUCUAAUCAGAUCCAACACCACCAAGGCCCUGAGAAGUAUCUGGGUCAAACCUGGACCAAAUCACAUUUUGUCUCCAAGAUGAGACAGCAUUCCUCAGUUGGACAAGAUUCCCAGGACAGAGCACACCUUGUCUCAGACAGGCAAGAUUGUGCAAGCCCAGGAAGGGUCUUCCAGAGUUUCACACCAAUUCAGCACUCUAGUCCCCCUAGUAAUAGACAUUUGUGCCCCAAACCUCCAAACAUCACCAUUAAUGAGCCAGAGGACAAUUGGAGUCACCAAAAAAGUCCAGAUUUCAUUUGCACAUUUUCUAUUUCUAAAGGGGUAAUUGGUGUCAACCCAGAAGCUCAACUGGCCAGACCUAAAAUGGCAAUUAAGAAAACCCAGGGAGAUGAUUUGGUGGAAUUUUCAGCUAAAACGAAAAAUAAUCUUGGAGUAAAUGAGAAAUGCCAACCAGAGAAAGGUGGAGGUAGAUCAAUAAGCAAUAAGGUACAGUGCUUGUCCCUAGCAACGCCAAACAUGGUGCAGUCCUCUCACUUAAGUAAUUCUUCUGAAAGCGUCCCUGAUUCUCAGAAGUCUAAAACAGAUUCAGGUGUUGAAGAGGGUGGGAUGGAGAGUAGUUAUCUCUUCACUCCUCCUCCUCUCAGCCCUGCUCAGGAAACCAUUCUCUACAAGAGCCUGGAAGAGGAAAUCUUGUCCAAUCUACAACAGCUAAGCAUUGAUUCAGAUGUCAACAGCAGCUCAGAUGAAAAACACUUUGAGACUCCUGACCACUGUAAAGCCUCUGUCCCCAACAUAUCAGCAAAUCGUGAUCAGGCACUACAUCUUCGUUCAUCUUGCACACCCAACAGUGGAAAUGGGGCUAGUUUUGAUGCAGUCAUUGCAGAGCUCUCCAGUGGACAAAGGAAGAUGGAGAAGGUGUCUGUUGAAAAGUGGGUUAAUACUCUUGCUCAGGGUCUCAGAAGUAAGGUGGUGGAAGACCACACUAUCUCAUCUCACCUUAAGGUCUCCAAACCUUGUAUGACCAGUUUGAGGUCCUCCUUGGUGCCCAGCAUGGAUUCAAAGGAGACUGCUGAACAUGAGAAGAUGUUAGUGGACAAGCCAAAUGUAGAAACCAAGGUUAUCCAUGGCAAAGUAUCAAGUGUAGGAAGUGAACAUUCAAAAAAGCAAAGGAGUUCUUCAUUCAAACAAAGGAGAUCCUUAAAGAAGCCAGAGAGAGUGCCAUCUAUCUACAAGCUGAAACUAAGACCAUGUGUGCGACCUAGACGUGACCACAGAUCUGACCGUGAACCCUCAAAGAUUCCAAAACCAGUUUUCUACAAAAGAAUAAGCUGCAAAGACGGUGAUUCUUAAUCCCAGAGAGGAAAUGAUUUACCACAUGGACCUUUCAGCACAGACAACUCUCAAGGAAACACUUGGACUCCACCCAAAUCCCAUGUGUCGACACCAAGAGCGACAAGGUGCCAAAGGGCAAACCAGUAGCCGCAUGUACAUCAAGAUCUGGAAUCCUGGGUUUAAUCUUAAAAAAUUGACACUUUUUGUAUUUUUUGGAGUGUAUUGAAACUUUGAAUGCCAAUUCAGUUAAGCCAUAUUUUGGUUAGGGACUAUUUUACAUACCAUUCAAAAAUGACUUUAAGGUCAGUCAUAACACCUCUGCAUGGCACAAUCUGAUCCUGGUCCUUUGAACAUGUAAUCUGUUAGCUAAUCGACUCGCAUACUUUAUGGCCCAAUCUGACUGGUAUUUUGACACAUAGUCAGUUUGCCUAUCAAUAACCGGACUCUCUCUUCGUCUACCAUUUAAAUUGCUUCAGUAACUUGGAGGUAAGCCGGUUUCACUGCAGCAUGCUACAAGAGUUUUCUCACUAGAACCCCCAUCCUCCCCAGAAUAACUAGUCUAGAUCUGCUUCUGCUUAACUGGGAUUGUAUGUAUUUCUAAUUGUGUAAUGGCAGCAGCGUUUCUUACAUGCUUUAUGCAGCAUGUCUGUGUAUGUUCUAGAAGUAGCAAGUCUUCAUACUUGCUCUGUAGCAGCAGCAGCAUAAGCAGUUGUAGUCUGCCUAGACCAAACCUACUAACUUAUCAUACCCAUUAUUCUUUUAAUUUAUUAGUUGUGAUGACUGAUAUGCAUUUAACAGAAAGCCUACAAGUCAGAAUCUUUUACAUAAAGCAUAGAACUUUCAUCAGAGCUUGAAAUCUUUUUUUUUUUUUAAACCAUAGAUUAGAUAUUCUGAUGGUUUGUUGAUUGUUUAUGUAUAAAAAAAUGUCAUAUUCAUUCUUUUAUAACAACCGUCUUGACAGUAAUAGUUGUAUUGCCAUAGCAAUUAUGUUGCCAUGUUGUGUAUGUCAAAUAUUGUAUGGGAUUUUUAUGCUGUUUUACAUUUCUAUUUGGGGUCUAACAAGUCUGUUUAUGUUAAUUAUGUGCACUAUAUGCAAAGAUGUUUACUUCAUCAGUUUCAGCACUUAUUAAUUUUUAAUUUUUUUUCAUAUGCAAAAGUUCUUAGCUCUUUCACAUAUAAUUUGGUUUUGACUUGUAGCGUUAUUCAAAUAAGGGCCCUAGAUAAAUGUUUGGAAAGGUUGUCUGAAUAAAUAUCCAUUUUUGUUGUUCAAAGCACCUGGGGACCUGCAGACAUAUUAAG